AUGGCAAGCAAGCAGCGCAUGCGCCUCAAUGCCGGUGAAUCAUCAUCAUCAACACCAGGCUCAGGACGCAAGAAGGGGCGACCAUCCGGCGGCAAGACUCUGCCAGCUAUGCCUCCAAAACGCGCCAGCGCGGUUCAACCAGGCGACCCUCUCCCCGCCAUUCGCAAGAAGCGUCGCUACAAGCCGGGUACCAAGGCGCUGCAGGAGAUCCGCAAGUACCAGAAGAGUACGGAGCUACUGGUGCUGAAGCUUCCGUUCUCGAGACUCGUCAGGGAGAUUGCGCUGACGUUGCGACCGGCGGGAUCGGGCAUGAGAUGGCAGUCGCAGGCUAUCCAGGCUUUGCAGGAGGCGUCCGAGGCCUUUCUGGUGCAUUUGUUUGAGGAUACGAAUCUCUGUGCUAUCCACGCAAAGAGGGUUACGAUCAUGCAAAAAGAUAUUCAAUUGGCAAGGAGAAUUCGAGGCGCGUGGGGUGGCGGUAUCUAG